AUGGCGUCUAAUGCUGCGGUGCCCUUCUGGAGAGCUGCCGGGAUGACCUACAUAACCUACUCCAACCUAUGCGCAAGUUUGGUGAGGCAGUGUUUGAAGGAGCCAUACAGAUCCGAAGCCCAGGCCCGUGAGAAGGUCCAUUACGCCAUCUCUGAGUGGACCGACGGCCGACCGUUAAAGUCAAUGGAUCCAUACGGCAAAUUCGAUCCUAUGGGUAAGCGUAAUGCCCUCAUCGAGCCAUCCGCUCGGACACUCCUGAAAAAGCCUAGAUAUUGGCUGACAGCAAAUGCUUGCCAGACAUUGUUAUCCUUUGUCUUUUUCCUUCCUUUCAAACUGUUGUGGAUAAACCUAUCUUUGGCUAUGGCGUCGGCAAAAUCCUCUCGGUCAAGAGCUGCACUGUCCGGAGCUUCAGCGAAGGGGAAUGCUAAAGAUGGAGGAGCGAAAUUCGAGGAAAAUCUCAACGUUUUCAAGUCCGAUAACUACGAUGCUGAUGCUUUUGUGCAGACCAAGUGUCACUCGCUUAACGAAAAGGAAAUUAGACAGUUAUGCUCGUAUCUUGUGGAGUUGAAGAGGGCUUCGGCUGAAGAAAUGCGCAGAAGUGUAUAUGCUAAUUAUACAGCAUUUAUACGGACAUCCAAAGAGAUAUCAGAUUUAGAGGGUGAACUCUCAUCGAUGAGAAAUCUGCUAUCCACACAGGCGACCCUAGUUCACAACUUAGCUGAGGGAGUCCAUAUUGAGUCUUUAUCCGACACCCUUCCUGAUGGUUCUCCCACAACAUGUCUUCACAACCACGAAAUUAGAGAACCUUCUGAUGUGGAGAAAUGGUCAACUGAAUUCCCCGACUACCUCGAUGUAUUGCUUGCCGAAAGGAGAAUAGAUGAGGCUUUGGCGAGUCUCGAUGAAGGAGAACGAGUCGUGGCUGAGGCAAAAGAGAAAAAAAUCUUAUCCCCUGAAAUGAUCAUGUCCUUGCAGACCACCAUAACCGAACGCCGGCAAAAGCUAGCUGAUCAGCUUUCUGAGGCCGCUUGCCAGCCUUCCACAAGGGGCACUGAGCUCCGGUCAGCAAUUUCGGCUCUCAAGAAGCUCGGUGAUGGGCCCCGCGCGCAUACUCUGCUCCUCAACGCACAUUAUCAGAGGUAUCAGUACAAUAUGCAGAGCCUCCGCCCGUCAAGCACCUCUUAUGGUGGGGCAUACACGGCUGCACUUUCUCAGCUCGUGUUCUCGGCCGUUGCUCAGGCGGCUAGUGAUUCCUCGUCAAUUUUUGGCAAGGAAACAGCUUACACAUCUGAGCUUGUGAUGUGGGCAACAAAGCAGACAGAAGCUUUCGCGCUUUUGGUCAAGAGGCACGCCUUAGCUUCAUCGGCAGCUGCUGGUGGCUUGAGAUCGGCGGCCGAGUGUGUUCAGAUAGCUCUGGGGCACUGUUCAUUGUUGGAGGCCCGUGGCCUUGCCCUCUGUCCAGUGCUCUUGAGACUAUUCAGGCCGAGUGUCGAGCAAGCUCUAGAUGCUAACUUGAAGCGUAUUGAGGAGAGUACAGCUGCCUUGGCGGCGGCUGAUAAUUGGGAUCUCACUUAUCCUCCAGCGUCCUUGCGGUUGUCCAGGACUGGUGCUGCUGGCAGCGGCAGCAUGAUGGGGUAUCAGCAUAAGCUCUCGAGUAGUGCUCAUCGUUUCAAUUCUAUGGUGCAGGAUUUUUUUGAAGAUGUAGGACCCCUCUUAAGCAUGCAGUUGGGAAGUAGAACAUUGGAUGGAUUGUACCAAGUAUUCACUUCUUAUGUUAAUAUGCUCAUAAAAGCUUUACCUGGCUCCAUGGAAGAAGAAGCAGAUUUUGAGGGAUCUGGAACUAAAAUUGUCCGAAUGGCUGAAACCGAAGCACAACAAAUUGCAUUGCUUGCCAAUGCAUCCUUACUUGCAGACGAGCUCUUGCCACGUGCAGCCAUGAAGCUAUCCCCUUUGAAUCAGGCCAAUUAUAAUGAUGAUUCUCGUAGAAGGCCCUUUGAUCGCCAAAACCGUAAUCCUGAGCAAAGAGAAUGGAAGAGGCGCCUUGUCAGUUCAGUUGAUAGAUUGAAAGAUAGUUUCUGCCGCCAGCAUGCUCUAGACCUUAUUUUUACUGAAGAAGGUGAAAGUUAUCUUACUGCUGACAUGUAUAUAAACAUGGAUGGAAAUAUGGGCGAAAUAGAAUGGUUCCCUUCUCCCAUAUUCCAGGAACUCUUUGCAAAGCUGAAUAGGAUGGCUGGAAUAGCAGCAGACAUGUUUGUGGGGCGAGAAAGAUUUGCGACACUUUUAUUAAUGAGGCUCACUGAAACUGUUAUGUUAUGGCUUUCAGAAGACCAAACGUUUUGGGAUGAUAUCGAGGAAGGGCCUAGGCCUUUGGGUCCACUCGGUCUACAGCAGUUCUAUUUGGAUAUGAAAUUCGUAAUGUGCUUUGCUUCGCAAGGCCGCUACUUGUCAAGGAAUCUGCAUCGUGUGGUCAACGAUAUUAUAUCCAAAGCAGUUGCUGCAUGUUCUGCCACAGGCAUAGAUCCGUAUAGCGUACUUCCGGAAGAUGAUUGGUUUAACGAUUUUUGUCAAGAUGCAUUAGAGAAGCUGAGUGGAAAACCAAAGGUUGCUAAUGGGGAACGAGACCUAAACAGCCCGACUGCUUCUAUUUCAGCACAAUCAAUUUCAUCCACUCGAUCUCAUGGAAGUUCCUAAUGCAAACUUGUCGGUACUUUGUAAAUUACACUGUGUAUUCAUUUUCGGAGGAUUUACCUGUAAUCUUGUUUUCAAAGAAGGCUUCAAAUUCAAACAUUUUCUUUUCAUUUUUUCAUUUUCCCUCUUUUGUUGU